GAGGGAAUUCAUAAAAGAUCUAGUUCAACUCACAAAAGGCAGAUUUCUAUGGAACAUCGAAGAUCUAGCAAUACUACAAGAAAAACUUUGUAUAAAAUUUUAAAUGAACCCAAUUUUUCAAUGUAUCCAGGGAAUAAAGCUAUGAGUACAAGCUAUAAUAUGGGAAUACAAGGAAAAUCUUUGAAUAAUGAGUACAAGCAAGAGUUUAACAACAUAAAACAAAACUCUUUCAAUCAGACUCUGAGGAAGAUAAAUAUUCAGACUGUAAAUAUUGACAGAUGUAAGAAUACUCUACGAUCCAGGAAGAAAAGUAGCUCUAUAUCCAAAAAAAUUUUGAGCAAAUAUAUGAGUUCAAAGAAAAAAUCUAGUCACACUAACUUGAAUACUGACCAUGAAUAUCUCAAUGACAAUAGUCUUGACUCUCUGGAAGGAACAUCUCCUGUCUAUCUUAAAAGCAGCUACCAUAUUGAGGAGAAAAAAAAUAAAGAUAUCAAUAAAGAAAAGGUCCCUGCUGAGAAGCUAAAUACUCUCAAAUAAACAACCCAAAAAACACAUGAAGAUUAGAUUAUCUGAGAAUAUACAGCUUCCUGAAGUACACCACGAUAGUACAAUCAGAUUAGAUCGUACUCCAAAGAAGACCGUCUUCAAGAAGACUAAUUCCAUAGCGAAUAGUUGAGAAUCCCAAACCAAGAAGACUCGAACCCGAGAAAAGGGAACUCUUAUUGAAGACUCACAUGAAGAGGUUACUCCUAAUAAAGUCAUGAGCGAUGAAAUAAUGCUUGCAUUGAAUGGAGAUGAUAAACUUGACAAGAAAAUGCAAGAGAAAGGUUCUUCUCAUGAAAAUCCAAAUCCAAGAAUUGAGUAUAGAAAAUAGCAUGAGAACAAAAGAUAUUGGCUUAGGCCCAUCUCAAUGAAAUAAUGAGCAAAAGAGAGAAGAAAUCCUUGACCAGAUAAAGUCAAGACUAUUUGAUAAAAGAAGACUCAAGCAUAGUGUUUUGGCUCAAAAUGUAUUCAACAAAGGGCAAAGCCAAGCAACUCAGAAAUAUCUAAGAGACAAAUACGAUGAUUUAAAGUUAAGAAUUCUUAAAAAUUCAAUGAAAGGAGAAGCUUCUCUUAAAGAUGCCUAUGCUAACAACAAUAAGAUCAUUUCAAUGGAGCAAAAGAAGAAGGAGGGUAGCAAAAUUAAUCUUCCAUGAAUGGCGAUUGCUAACGCGCAUAAAAGGUUUAUGGAUGGGAGGAAAGACUAUUAAACCAAAUAGCAUAAACACU